AUGAAGGCUGUCUACGCUACACUGGUGACAGCACUGUACGCAGCCGUGGUACUGGCGGACACAAACAUCAACAGCUACGGCGGUGGCGGUUCUGACAAAUUCAGAGGCGUAUUCCAGGAAAGCAGUCAUGCACAGAAUCAAGCCAAGUCUACAAAAGCUUUAAAAGACCACGACAGUUUUGGGGGCGCCAGAGAUCGUUUCUUCCAGGGUGGAAACAAAUAUAACGGCCAUGCCAGCGGUUUUGGACAAGAUAACGCUAAAGCAUCAGCACAUGGCAACAAAGCAGAACAGAACUUCGCCAAACAAGAUGCCAAAUAUGACGAGAUUGCUCGCCAAAUUGCCGAUGCAUCCAAGGUGAGAGGCCAUCAGACUGCAUCUGAGGGGAAGUAUGACAACGUGGAUGAUAACAGAGCCCGUGGAUACAACUCCGCCGCUGCUAAGAAGAACGCCUAUAACAGAGGCAAGGUCUUCAAUGAUAACAUCUCAUACGGUUUCGAUAAGAAGUUCAACCAAGACCUGAGCGAGAAAGGAGGCUUUGAGGAAGAAUCUGGACACACAUCACACAAGCUGGAUGAACUGCAAGACAAGGAAAAGGCAAGGAAACUUCUCAGAGGGGAUCAUUCAGCUGCCAAUGCAAGACAAGAUGCACAACACGCCCUUAAAGAAAGCAAGUUCAACCAGAACGCUGCCCAGAGGCAAGCUGCUCAUGGUAAAUACGGCAAGAACGAUAAGAAACUUGAUAAGGCUGGUACAACCAAUGAUGCUCAGGCGAUCCUUUAUGAUCGAAAAGACAGUAAGUUCAGCGAAGAGGACAAAGGGCAACAGAAAGCUGUUAACAAUGCCAACCAAUUUGCUAAGAAGGACAAUCUGUUUGGUCGCCAGGCUGCUGCUAGUCAUGCUGGAGCUCAAGGGCAUGCUGACAAGAAAUACUAUGGAGCUCAUGGCAAUGAUGGUCACGGGUCUGUCGGUGUUGGGGGCCAUGGUGUAGAUGUAAACGGAGUUCAUGGUGAGGGAACUGGCGGAUCUAAUGGCCAUCAGUACGGAGAAAACCAAAACCAAGUUGACCAGGGCAAAGAACAUCUUGCCCAGAAAGCAGGAACAUCAGAUGCCGCCCUGAAGCAGUUCGAUCAAUCUAAGAAGAAGCAGGACUUUGCCCAAAUCAAGAGUCUUAAGAACGAGCGAAAUGGCAAAUUUGCACAGGGAGUACACAACGCCGAAAAUAAUGGAUUCAGCGAUAAGGACAGUCAUGCUUCUAAGGCUGCUUCCGGGGAUGAUAGGAAAUAUGCUGAUGCUGCUGCCCAGUCCAAUGCCAAAGCUGCCAAACACGACCUCGACGAGGAGCUUUUUGACAAAGAAAACUUAAAAAGGAGGCAGCACGAUCAGAGUGAAAACUUCAAGAAACUAAAGAGGUUCUACCAUGACAAGAAGUCCGGAGGCAAUAACUUUGAAAGACUCAAGUACAACAGAAAGAGGGUCGAAAAUGAGUUUGGCAAUACACAAGCUGCUCAGAAGGAACAACAGGGCCAGUUUGAUAACGCCCACAAAUCUGCCAAGCAUAAUGCUGCUUCAAGAAAAGACAACUACCAGGAUGCUAAGAAAGCAUCCAGUGGAUUCAGCCUCAACAAAGCAAACAGGGAUUCAGCAGCCAAGUCGAACAUCAAUGCUCAUACAUUCGACAAGGCUGCCCAGCAGGCUCAUGGAAACAAGAAGGAUAUUGCUGAGUCUGACUUCAAGAACCAAAAGGAUUCCCUGCAGCAGAAACAGCAAAAACUCCAUGACAACACCAUUGGAGCCUUUGGAGUCAGUGCUGAUGGUUACAAGAAUGCCAAGGCUCAGGAGAAACAGUCUAGCGGCAGCAUCCUUGGCGGAACUGGUCUUAACGAUGGAUUCGGCAUUGGGUCAUCGGCUGCUUACAGAGAUGAUAAAAACGGUGUUCUAGGAAACAUUGCUUCUGGAGCCCACGACAAUGACUUUCAUGGCAACGUUGUUACCGGGGCCAACAGGAAUGAAGUCCACGGUGUUUCUGGUGCUGUAAAUGGUGUUCAUGGUUCCAACAAUAUCCACCAGGGAGAUGAUGUUCAUGGUUCCAACAAUAUCCACCAGGGAGAUGUUGUUCAUGGUUCCAACAAUAUCCACCAGGGAGAUGAUGUCCAUGGUUCCAAUAACCUUCACCAAGGAGGUAACAGCUACAGAAACGGUAACAGCAACAACAACGCUGGUUCCUAUGGCAGCACUGGAAGUCAACACUUCGGCGGUCAAAGGCGGGUUGGUAAUCUGGAUAACCAUGGUCAAUCUGGCUACGGAAAUAACCAUGCCAAUAGCUUUGGAAGCAGCCUCUUUGGCCAUGGUACAGGUAGUUUCGGCAAUGGUCUGUUUGGCAGCUUCGGUUCUUUUGGACAUGGAAGUGGACGAGGUAACAGUAAAUUUGGAAGAAGCUAUGCUCCCAAAUCCGGUGAACGGACAUCCGUGCCCCGAUCAGGAGGACUGUUUAGUUCCUCCUUCGGAAGUUCAUUCAAUAAACCCAAACCUUUCAGAUCAUCUUUUGGGUCUAAACCACAAUUUGGCUUUGGCCUAGGUUCCAAAGGACCCCUUUUCUAA